AGUUCCUAAAUUUCAGAUAGCAGCAAAGCAAUUAAUGGAUACAGGAAUGCCUCUCACCCUCUGAAGUGGUACUGCCUAUGUUCUUUCUUAUAUUGCUUUGUAUUUCCUUUGGAUUCUGGAUCCUGGAUAUUUAAAAAGUUGCUAAUUCAAAUACAGAGUUUCUAAAGAACUAAAAACAUGAGAAGGAAGAUUGCUAGAGCUAACAUAUUACUGUCUGUGUUCUUAAUAUUUAUGAACGAUACACGAGUUGUACUAUUUGAACUACUGACCAGUUUAUAAUAGAAUAGUCUUAUGCCUUUCUUCUCUCAAACCUAGAGCAGUUGGAUAUUUCCCAAAGGAACUGUAGUCAUUGAAGAGCUCACACUGGAGCAGAUAUUUCUGAAACGGAGGAGGAGCCUGGAGGGACCUUAAAUCGCAAUGGCUUCCUGAAGGGCAAGUAAACGAGUUAAGCCCAGGUAAAGACAAAUGUUAUUUUUCAGCAAGUCUGUUUUGCCCUUGAUGAAAUCUGAUAAGUGAUCUACCUGUUUUUAUCUUGAAGCGCAAGCUUUUUCAGCCUAUUUUUUCCCUUUGUUCUGCUGAGGAGACGGGAAGUGGGUGAGCAGCUGGGUGGAUGUUAGGAUGCCAGCCAAGGGUAAUGCAUCACACCUUUGAAUUCAAAUUCAGAUUAAUCGACAUCUGUUUUAUCCAAAUUAAAUUAUAAUUGAGCAUAAAUUAAUUUCUUAGUUUACAUUUCUAUUGCAUAGUCUAAAAUGGUUAAAUCCAAUCUCAUUUUAUGGACUAUCUCUUCAUUGCUACAGCUGAUAGAGUAUUUUUUUCCCUUUCAAAUAGAGUAGUGAAUGCCUUGGUGAAUUUUCCUUUGUGUUAAUUGAUAUUUCCUCUGGAAAAUACUUAGGUCAGAGCCUGGGGAGCCCAGAAGCUUGUCCUUAGGUUCUUCAUGGGUGCAGAGAUAGGAUCUCUGACUCUAUUUCAGUCCUAAAUCUGUUAUUUAUUUGUGAAGCAGCAAGACACUACUGAAGAAUCUGUUCCAAGAAACCAUGGCUGUAUGACUAGGAUGAAUCUGCACUUUCAAAGAUGAUGGUAAGAAGUAUUGAAUUUUACUGAUUGUAAGCUACGUGUUGCAUCUGUCAAGUACUGUUUCAGAACAAAAAUAAAUCAAAAAAACCCCUGACUUACUGUACUUCUGCAUUUCACUUUGGAAUAUAUGUAAAGAACGCUUCAGAGCCUAGUUUGUAAAAAGCUUAAUAGUUAACUUGCACUUUUUUCCUGCUGGCAUUCUUGGGUGCUACUAUUCUUUGGGUGGAUACAUCUGAUUAUCUCCCUUUCCCUGCAAACUGUGGUGCAUCUCCAGGACUUACAAAUUUCUGCAUCGUAUAGUUGAAGAAAGCCAGAAUUAGAAACUAGCUGUUAUGGAAAUCACAAAAAAAUACCCAAACCUACAGUAUUUUCGUUGUUCCAGUAUUGAUAUUUCACUUAUCCUUGCAGUCUGGAAGGAUGGGAUUCAACUCACUCAAUUGAAGCCAUUUAAAAUUUAUGGAUCUAGUGUAAGCCAGCUGUCUUAAGUAUUCUUUGCAGACGUAGAUGCUGGCAAAGGGCACUUCAUCUUGUAUAAGACACCUGUCUUUGAUGACUAAGUUUGCCUCUGGAAAUGCUGCCUCUCUUUCUGCAUUAACUUUUCACAUAGCCUAGACAUCAUUUUCAGCUGUGUGUCUAACUUUUAAAUGACCAAAAGUGAUGCCAUGUGAUUUAUCACAAUAGUCUCCAAGGCUGUGAAUCAAUAAUCAAACAACAUAUUUAAUCAGCUUUGGAUUAUUCAAUUACACAAUAACAUUCUGUAAAGCUCACAUGAAGUUAAGCUAUCUUUUUCCUAUUUUUACAACCUAGAGGGAAGUGGUGUAGCAACUGGAAAAGCAACUACAAUCUUUACUUUCAAUGUGUACUUUUAGUGUGUUUUAAUAAUUGUACACAUCUGAAAUAACAUAUCACUUAUGUGUUCCAUAACCUGCUUUUAGUAUUGAAGACUACAAUGUUGAAAGAUUGACAGGUAUUUUGUAUUGACAGGUAUAUGUAGAAUAUUUAAAGAUUGAUUCUAAUAUUGGAUUAAAGUCACACGUAUUUAACAUAUAUCUCAGUAUCCAGCUAUAUAUCUGAAUAAGUUCUGUUCUGUCUGAGAAAACUAUUAUUUUUAAUGCUGUAUUUCUUUAGGUUUUUUUAUUACUGUAUUUCUCAUAUUGUGUUGCUCUUAGGAAGAAAAGCCUGAAAAUGAAACAAAGAAUUCUUUUUUCUCCUAUGAAAAAUUUUAGAAUUUCUUCUAAGAUAAAAUAAUUGAAAAAUAAGGAAUCCUGAAGAAUGAGAGGCCUGCAGAUUGCUUUCAUAUUCCUGUGUCACUGAGAAAAACAAUUACAAAUUGACUUCUCAUCUGGCAAAUUAUUCGUCCAACUAAAAAAUAGCUUUUACUGCAUCUUUUCAAAAUGGCAAACAUGACUAACCGUAGUGGAUUCUUCUCCUUUCCUUGGAAUUGUGCCAAGAGAAAUGUUUUCCUGAUUGCCUCCACCUCUUUUACAGCAAUAUAUUUUAUUUUCUAUUUUUUUAAUUCUAAUUACUUUGCUGCUAUAACUGAAAGUAAAGUUCAGCAUAAUGAUGAUGACAUAGAAGAAAAAUACAUGCCUUUUAACAAGAAGUAUGACAAUCCUCAGAUAGAAAGUGAAAAUAUUUUACAUAAAAACAUUAUUUCAAAAUUAAACCAAUUUUUAUUGAAAGAAAAUGGAGAACUGCCAGCUGAAAAUGAGAAAUCUGGGAAUAAAAACAGAUCCACUUCAACACAGUCAUUUAAAUUCAUUAUUAAUGAAAAAGAGAAGUGUAAAGAUAAAACACCUUUCUUGAUAUUGCUAAUAGCAACUACAUCUUCUGAAAUUCUGCACAGAAAUUCCAUCAGAAAAAGCUGGGGAAAUGAAUCUGCGUUUCCAGGUGAUGAGGUUAUUCGGUUGUUUAUGCUGGGUGUGGAGAACAAGGGUCCAAAUGAUGUCCUACUGAGAGAAAGUGCGCAAUAUCACGAUAUUAUUCAACAGGACUUCCUGGACACUUACAGCAACUUAACUCUUAAAACUUUGAUGGGUAUGAAGUGGGUUGCAUCUUAUUGCAGUGGCGCAAGUUUUGUUAUGAAGACAGACAGUGAUGUUUUUGUUAAUACAAGAUACCUAAUAGAAAAGCUCCUCAGACCUCUUUCACCUCCUCCACAAAAUUAUUUCACGGGCUGUCUUAUGCAAGAGAAGCAGCCUAUUCGAAAUGCAAAAAGUAAAUGGUACAUCUCAGAAGAAGAAUACCCUCGUAAGAAAUACCCUCCUUUUUGUUCAGGAACUGGCUACGUUUUUUCCGGAGACUUGGCUUCAAAAAUUGUCAAUGUUUCUGUAACAAUAAAAUAUAUACAUUUGGAAGAUGUUUAUGUAGGGCUCUGUCUUAAUGCACUGGGAAUACAGAUAGUACCUCCAUCUAAUCGUUCAUUGUUUAACAUAUACAAAGUCCCAUUUUCUCCUUGUCGUUACAGUAAUAUAAUUACAUCUCAUCGCAUUCAGACAAAUGAGCACAUAUUCUAUUGGAAAACACUGGAAAAGAAGAAAGACAUAUGUCAGAAAGGUCCAUAGAGGAGAGUCGUUUCUUUCUUUGAUCAUGGACAAAACAGCAGAUAUUUUCUUAGAAACAGAGCGUCUAUGUAGUGAUAACUUUUAACUUUCACAGACAUCCUGAAUCCGGGGUACAGUUUUUGUAUUGAUAUGCAUUUAAAGGAUUGUUCUUCAAUAAAGCAGGCUUUCUCUGUUGACUGGGUACUGCUUGGAGCCUAAAGAAUUUUUUGGGGGAUUAUCCACCAAUUAAUUAUUUUACUGUUUUAAAAUAUAGCAAGAGAUCUUAUCACCUGUACUGAAAAAAAAAGCAAUGAAGAUGCAAUGAAACUUAUUUUUUUAUUAACAUGUAAUAAUAAGUUAAUAAAUUAAUUUUAUAUUGCUCAAAUGUAAUUAUGUAUCAUUAUAUUCCCACAGAUGCCACUUCAAUGUGACUUAAGAAAAAAGUAUUUUUAAUAUCCUGUGCUGGUGAUAGUAAUAUAGAACACACUGAAUGUUUUCAGAAAAAUCUAUUAUCAGGAUUUGCCAGACCUCUAUUAAUACAUGCAGCUGCUGUUCCUCCUUGUAGUCAUGUAUACAAAGAACACCUCACUGACCAGAUACCACUUAGUCGUUAUUAUGGAGAUAAAAUAAACCAGAGAAAAGUUAAAUGCUGAUAGAGUGUUUUGACAGAAAUAUAUCUAAUUCCAUUUUUGGGUACUCAGACAUACAAAAUAUCCUCAUAUCUAAGGAAAAAAAUAGGAUGAUGCUUAAUAACCUCACAAGUUAAAACUUUCAGUCAAAAUGUUUAUGGAAGUAAAUUACUUUCCAGACAUAAUUUCCAACCAAGAAUAUAAGUUACCUGCCACCCCAAAUAAGAACUAAGAGACUUUUAGAGUCAUUAUUGGAUGGGCAAACUGGCUGUUUUAAUUGAACAGCUAGAAAAAAAUACCUGUAGCUUUGCAGGAAGCUUUUCAGAUGCGUGUGGAAAUCAAAGUGUCAAUCACUUAAAUGCCAAAUAUCUCAUCUGAGGCUGAAGUGAGAAAGUACAUGUACAAUAUAUACUUCCCCACUGUCAUUUUAUAAGUAUACAUUAUGGUGUUUAAUAAAGAAGUCUGAUUUAUAUGUCUUUCUAUGAAGAAAAUAACCUUCUGCAGUUGCUCAGAAAAAUCCAAAAUACACUCCCUUUAGGAAAUUCACCUCUGGAAAUCAAGGUUGUAGACUGAGUUCCCUUUUUCCCUCUUGAUAAGCAGCUAAUUUAUAUGUGUUUUCCAAGGCACCCAAAGAUUUAAACCAUUUGCAGAGAGUCCAAAGGAGAAAAUGAUGAACUAUAAGGUGUCUUAAUUAAAAUGAUCAACAACAAAAACCUGAAGAAGCUUGAACUCUUUUUCUCUACACCAUGUUCUAAUCCAGGUUUAUGUUACACUAGUAUGCCAUCAAUAGUUUAGCUGCUCUGCCCUGUGAUGGAGUUACGGAUUAGAUUGUACUUUUCAUCCUUACAAGUAGAGAAAGCCCUGGGCAGCCUGGUCUGAGCUUAUAGCUACCCCUCCUUUGAGCAGGGGCGUGGCGGCUGGAGAACACCUGAGCCGUUCAAGUCCAUACCAUUCAAGUGGUAUUACCUUGUGAUCCUAUGAUUUAACAACAUGAUAUGAUUAUGGGAACUUAUCUAAAGCAUGCUGAGCUUCUGAGUGAUUGCAGUGACAUUUGCCAAGACACACUCCAGUAAUAAGAAUUCUUACUGAGAAAGGACUUCCUUCAGGAUCCUGCCUACUACAGCUGACAACGAUGCAGAUUUUCCAAUUCAGUUAAAAAAACAGUGUUUACUUGGAGAAGUUUACUAAGUUUACUGAGUGUGUCAAAUUGUAUGCAUAAUAUGACUACGCAGUUAGAAUAAUGUUGGCUCUGACAAGCAGAGCUGUGUAUCUGGCACCAGAAAGAAAGAGCAAGCCAUUAAAUACUUCUUUGUUUCUGCAAUACAUCCUAAGCCUUUUCAAAACAUUUUUAUCUGUGCCUAUAAAAAGAAGGACUCUUAAAAAAAGUGCUGAGAUUUGAUUCUAUGUUUAUUGUGGUACAAAAUCACUUGAAAUUCUAGUUUGUACUGUUGGGCUUUGGGGAAAUCUUUAAUUUUUGUUUUGGAAAUGAAAUCAAUAUGCUCUCUGUAAGAUGUGCUGCUGGUUCUGUAAGGCUGGCUGUGAACACCGUUAAGUCUUCUUACUGACGUGACCUACAGUUAUGGCAGAGAUUGUAGUCCUAUGGAAGAGAUUUGAGCUGCAUAGUCCUCUCUCCUCUGGAAACAUCUUUUUCAAGAAAAUCUUAAUUAUGUUAGAAGCACUCUUACCGUUGUGAGCGGCGGGGCAUUGGAAAGAACUGUAUUCCAGUUAUGAUGUUAGCUGGUAAAAAUGUAAUAUGUUUUGCAUCCCAAAAUAAUUCAAAGCUAUGUCAGAAAAAGCUAACCAAUCACUGCAUUUUGUUAUUGCUUUUAUGGAUGCUGGCAUGUUUUUUUCCUGUUCUGCUUGUCAGUACAGAAGUAAAAUAACCUAUUCUUUAUAUUUGAUGUCUUGAUCUUUAUAUAAGGUUUCUGGACUUCAGAAGCUGCUGGAAUAGGAUAUAAAACUUUGGGCUAAGUUUUAUCCAAUUUAGAACAACUAUUUGUAUCUCAGUGUAUAGAGAUAUUCCCUUCAGCCAUCCACUAUUCAGCGCAGUUUUGGUUUUUUAAUGGAUGUAUUCAUCCAAAGUAUAGGAAAAAAAAUACCAGUGGAAUCCAAUUAACAAGUAAUCUCUUGCCUCAGCUAUUAUAUUGAUUCGCAUUCACAAUUAGGGUUGUUUUCCAAACAUUUGCAUAACAUUUUAAGGUGACCGGAAUGCUGUUCAGCUGCAAUAUAUUCCUUUUCUUUCUAGACAUAUGAAUAAAUAAUUUGAAGAGAUCAGCCUGAAAGCUGAAGUUGUUUGAUCCAGAGUAAUAUUUUAUAUACCCCAAACACUGCAAGAGCAUAGCAAAAGUAUGGCUGUCAAGAAUACCUCAAAGGCCCAUGGAUUGUUUGAAUUCUUCGAUCACUGAUUCCAUUUAAUUAGCUUAUAGUCAGCUUAUCACAGUCACAAAUUCCUUAAAUGCUUUUAGAAAACCUGUAUUGCCUAUAUCAUCAUGUGUUGGUCUCUGUGCAGACAGUAGCUCUUCAGAUGUGGAUGAUGAAAUGAUGCUAGGGACAGAAAUUCUGGAUUACCUGGCCAGGUUAGCCACAGAAAGUAGUUUAAGUAGCCUGUUAUGGGAAUACUUUGCAUCUGAGACAAGAGAUGAACUCAAGGGACAGGUGCAUUGUUUGGUAGAGGACCAGUUUGUAAGCAGUUACAGAUGCUCUGGAUUUCGUAUGUCUUUUGUUUUGGAAUAGUGCUCCUUGUCCUUGGAACAAGGGUGUUGUGACUAGGGCAAAGUGUAAGUAAUCUGGAGGCAUUGCUUAAACUGCUUAGAACUUAGAACUUAAACUUAGAACUGACAAUUCUCUUGGGUUAGAAUUGGAAUCUUAACCAGGUGUACAGCAUAAGAUUUUCUUCAAAAGGACUGAUGUCCUGCAGCAGUUCCCUGGUUCAGUUGCAACCUAAUUACUGGUAUGUAAAAAACCUAUCUGGUGACUUGGAUUUCCUGAGACCUCAAAAUGUUCUACAGAAAAGCUGCUGUACUUGGUCACAUCUUCCUUUCUGGUUUUCCAUGCCAUAGCUAUGCUGAGCUCUUUUGCUUGCUUUUUUUUUUUUUUUCCCUCAUGAUUUAUAUAUGUGUAUAUAAUUGUGUGAGCUGUUUUUAACAGAUGUUUGUAGUUUACAGACAGAGCUGAUGCCUUCUUGUUCUAACAAGACUAUCUCCAGACCUUCUUAUACAAAGCCUUAUCCCGCAUGUGUAGUUGGAGAACAGGCCAUAAGACAAAUAGCCGGGCGUGAGCAGGGAAUACCUGAUGUAAGACUCACAUCUAAAUGCGGGUGCAAGGUGGCUUUCUAGCAGCUUUGCAUUCACUGAUCAUGCACACAGCUACUGUGAGAAACCUCAAGUUCCUUAGCAGCGCUGCUUUGACCUCAGCUUAACUAACUGUUAACACAAACAAAUUUAUAUGCACUAAAACAAUUGUACUUAGUAAGUCUAGUUUUGCUGAAAUGGGUCUUCCUUUGUCAGGCAGUAGGUGCAUCCGAUAUGAAUUUAGAUAACUUAUCAACUUUCUGGCUACCAUAGUGGGAUAUGGAUAUAUUAUAAAUGUGACAUGACUUCUAAUUUUAUUCCAUCUUGUCAUUGUCAAUGGUCUAAGAGAAAGGAGCGUCUAUGAAUAAUACAUCUGGAUGUCUCGUACAGGCAGACUAGUAGAAAUACUGAAGCAUAAGCAGUAUGUAUUCUUUGUUAAAGUACCUAUGUAGAGACCAACAUUGUGCCAAAUAACUGAGCAAUUAAAACUGGAAUUGGCAUUGGGGAAAACUUGCAGCAGACCAUUACACAGUCCAGUCAUAUUCUAGGAAAUACUCCUUUUUUUGGCACUAAAUUUUUCGUUAAGUGGAAAAAAAUGAGGUCCUGAAAACGUUUCCUGUCUUGCUAUUCCCAAACAGGACAGUGGGCUUGCAAAUGUUUCAGCUGAUGUAGGUAUAGCAAAUACAGUCUUGAGAGUUAUAUUAGCCCAGCAUAAUCUCAACUGUGCAACACUCUCAUGGGUUAGACCAAUUGCAAAAAUCAGCUUAAGUACUUUAAUCUAACUGAUCUGUCUAUAUAAAUUAUAUCUGCCUGUAGAUUCUUAUGCUAGAUGUGUAUAGAAACUACUUUUUUUACUAAUUUUCAAUAGUGGAAUAAAGUGGACUAAAAUCAGUGGUGUAUUUUACCUUGAUUCCUCCAUUAAAUUUCUUGCUUUGGAAUUAAAUUCUACUUUCUGUAGUGUUUACAUGAAAGCCUGUAAAAAUCAAAGAUAUCUCCUUGUAUUUCAGCCAUUAUUCUGGUUUCUGAUUGUGAUUGUUUCUUAGAUUGUCUAAUAUCUAUUAAAGCUUUUUGAGGACUGUCUAGUCUUCCACACAUGCAUUUUACUCUGAUAGCUGAGUUUUGCUGCACCUUCAAUUCUGUGUUCAUUCUUAGCUGAUAUUCAAAAUAGGCUCUGAGUUCACACCAUUGAAAAUACUGUAGAUAAGAAAAUCUGAAACUUAAAAAAGCUUAUGUCUGAAGCUUAGUGCACAAGCAGGAAAAUUGAUUGUAUUAACAAAUACUUGCCAGUUGUCUGAAGAAUAGACUAUAAAUAGACUGAUUCUCUGUUUGCAUUUUGAGUUUGCCACAUCUCUGGACAGCCAGGGAGGCAAUAACAGUUUGCAAUUUCUAGUGGGAGUAAAUAAUAUACUGUUAAAAGCUAUACAAUUGCCUGUCAUUCAUCAGCCAGCCCAUACCGGCACAAGAACCAAGGAAGAAAUAGGAAAUGAUUCAGAGAAGUUUUAGAAUUAUUAGUAAUUUGUAGUGUGGGUGUUAGCCAUGAUUAGCCAAAUCAUGUUGUACCAUAUUUAAAGGUCUAGAGCCUUAUCUAGAACCACAUUUGGGGUAUUUCAAAUUCUUUGGGAUAUCUCAUGCACAUGAAUAAAUAUUUCCUCUUUUAAUUCUAUACUUUGCAUCCCAACCUCUCCUCCUUCAUUGGCAUAGGCCAAUUGCCAAUUUUCCUAACAGUAAGCAGUCUAGAUUUUAUAGAACCCAUAGAAAUAUUUAGUUCAUAGAAAUUUCAAAUGCUUGUUUUUAACUGCAAGCAGCACAAAUAUUUGCCUUUUAAGCUUCUUGGGAGGCUGUGCAAGUUUAUGUUUAUGUUGAAUUAUCAUUCCUGACAGCAUUCUUGCAU